AAAACAUUUUUCUUAUUAUCAAACAAAAUGUAAACGUAUAUAUAACAAUUUUUGUUGUUCAAUAUAAACGAAAUUAAAGUACAUUAAUACAAUUCAAUUGCAGCGGUAAUUGAAAAAAAAAAACACAUUGCUGAAAAUUAUUAAUAAGCUAUAAUUUACAACAAUUUCACCAAUUACAAAAUGAUGUUUAGCUGUUAAAAUUUUGUUGUUGUUUUAAGAGUAACAAAAUUGGCAAAAUGAUUAGUUGUUUAUCCAUAAGAUCUUCUUCGAAAUACUUUUUGUGGGUUUUAAGGGCUUUUAACUUAUAUAGUGAUCAUAGAUUUUGACAGCUUCUGACUCUGGUGAUCGAUCCGCAUAGGUGAAUGCUAUUAUCCACUGUUGUGAUCGAUAUCUGGGCUGUUGUGAUUGCUGCAGACACUUCGGCAGCUUCUGCCGAUGAAAGCGCCCACGAAACGCAUGCCGUUCCACUUGGCUCGCGAUCAUUGAUCUUACCUACUUGGCGCUGCUAAUUCGUAUUAUUAAUUCAAUCAAUCACGGGUUGGAUUGGAUUGGCUGCCUGGUUGGCAGCAGCUGCCCUAACGAUCGAUCACCCGGCGAUCGCCAAUCGACAGAUCUGCUGGGAGCGUUGAUCUCAUCUUCUGGGUGUAUCUGUAGCUGUAUCUGUAUCUGCAUAUGUAUCUGAGCCCCAUCGCCUGUGCAAAUGUAUCUGCGUGUGUCUUUGGCAUUUCACAAAUGUGGCGGCGUUCUAGUUUUGCCCUGUCGAUUCGCAUUUCUGUCUUCGGCCUGACGUUUACCUCUUGGCUAAUUUAAUUGUUUGUUUUUUAUACUGAGGCUCCCUCAGUCAGAUAGAUGGGAUCCGAAGGCUUUUUAGUUCAUUGAAACAUUUAUAGCAUAAACGCGCGUUCGCUGGGCUGGCAUUUAAUUCGCUAAUUGCUAAUGCGCUCGACGCUUAUCAAAUUGGAGCAUCAAAACCUAUUUUGCCUCUUCUAUAUUAUUUUUUGUUUGUGUUUGUCUAGCUUUUUUUGUUUUUUUUUUUUUGGCUAGCUGCUUUUGUGUGUUGUUUUGCUUCUCUUUUUUUAAUUUAGUAGCACAUUUUAGUGCAAAUAUUUGAUAAGACCACUCGAAAUCGCACGUCUCGCGGCGAUAAUUCGGCGGCAUUACUCAUACGCCGCGUUGCUCUCGACUUGUUUGCCCACUUUGAGGUUUACAGUUAGAGUUGCUUCCGGCAGUUAAACGCUUUUGAUUCUACCCGCUUUAAUUUUUAAUGUUGCAUGCCUAAUUCGAGGCUGAAUUUCAUUUUCGAUUCUGCCGCAGCCACAGCACAUAAAUGCGGUUUAAGAAAAUGCUUUUUCGGGCAGGUUCAAAAUACGUUUAACGAUGUGGUAAUUCCACUGAAUCUACACAGCAAAAAAAAAUGUAUUUUUACUCAGGCUUAAUGACUGUCAUUCCCUCGCUUUUAUUUUGUUUCUGCCUGCUGUUAAACUCGAUACAGAAAAACUCUUUUUUUAGUGCGGGUCAUGUUUACAUAUUAAAAAUUACAAAUUUAACUAUUCUAAUUCAGAUUCCAUAUUAAAACUGGCUAAUGUAUUUUUGUCAGUGGUUUUUAUUUUUGGUUGUUGGCAGUCUGCUAACGAUAAUCUGCGUUAAGCUGCUGGCUAAUUGAAAUGCUUGUGGCCGGACGUGAAGCGCGCCAGUUAUUACAGAUUUCUGAUGAAGCCUUGUCGCUGGCAAUUUAUCUAAAUUUCUAUCCAUUAGAGGGGUCUUCUCUGACUUCGAUCUAACCACUCUAUCAGCGUGUGUCCGAUUCACCACCUAGGAUUCUACGUUUUUAUCUAAUUAGGUAGUCAAAACAAAACAAAAAAAAAAAGGGGACAAAAAAGAGAACGCCAUAUAAACUGUGUCACUAAACAAAAAUCCAAGUGGAUGGGUGGAGAGAACUCAACUUUGCCCAGAGAAUUGUGUCAAAUAGAUAAAAAAGAAAAACGAUGCCAGCGGCAACGACUGCGACAGCGAUGAUGUUAAUAAUGAUGAUGAUGAUGGUGAUGACGAUGGUUAUAACGAUGGCUGCGGAGAUGGAAGAAGGCGUCGGGGCAGCCACUCCUUUCAGCGGUAUAAUUAUAACCCCGAUUCCAGCUUUAUGGGAGAAAACUUGCCCCGAAAAUUGUGGAGCAUUUGAAUAAUUUGACAAGAAUGCAAUCAACAUGAAAACAGAACAGAACAGAAAGUAAAAGAAGUAAGAGCGAGAGAUUGUCAAAAACGUAAAAAGUAGGCGGCGGUUGGCUUUUGUUGAUUUAAAUGGCACCCGAAAGUCCGAGGCAAAUCGUGGCUAUAUGGACAACUAUUCAAAUUGAGGUCAUUCAUCUCGCUUCGUUGAGCGCGCUUAAGUGAAUUAUGUAUACGUAGAUAUAUGUGUGGGGGAACUGGGAAUCGGGGAAUCGGGGAAUCGGGUGAUCAGGGGAUCGGGGUCUGGAGUAUUUGAAGGCGGGUCAGCAGCUUAGAUGAGCAUGUGAAUGGAGGCAGGGAAACAUAUUGCCCCUCCCCCCAUCCCCCCCGAGCAAGAAAUGGGUUCCAUUUACACUUCGAGGGAAAGCCUUUCUCCAAGUCACCGCUAAUUGUCCGCAAUUUGCCUUGGAAUCUGUCACCCUCCCGCCGUUUGCGAAUUCACAAAAUCUGAUUGAUUGACUCGAGAUCGACGCCCUCCGUCCGGGUAUUUGCAUAAAUAUUUGCCAGCUCUUUGGAAUUUUGAUAUUAUUGCCGUUCUCUAUCUGUCUCGUUUCGGCUUAGUGUCGCUUCGUUUCGUUUCGUAUCGUUUCGUAUCGUUUCGCUUGACUUUAUUUGAUUUUCUUAUGGGAGUAGGUCAGUUCAAAAUUUGCAUAUAUGGCCGCUCUGCUGGCUGCCUUUGAUUUCUCGCUUGAUUUUUUAUUCAUAUUCUGACUGUUUGGCCUGCCCCAAAAACGUAAAUGUGCGAACACGUGCUGUACAUAUGACGAUAUUACAUCGACUUGGUUGAGUUCUAUUCGGCAUAAUAUCUUUGACGCUGAUUGGUUAUAAAAUAAACAUCGACUUCUCACUAUCUGAAGUGGAAAUAGAUGUGGAUAUGAUAUGGCAAAACCCCCUGGGAGUUGGGUCAAUUGCAAAGCCAAUAGAUUGCAACAAUGCAACAGUUUGUCUAUUAAAUACCUAAGUAACUAUUAAAUGCCUAUAAAAUGGCUUACAUUUUCCGCAAAGAUUUAGUUGUCACCGUGACAAGUUGCCGAGAGCAUGAAGUUGGUUUUUAUACUUCUUGGAGGAUUCCUGAUCCUCGAAAAUGCUACUACGUUUGGUCAGUAUUUUCCCUGUGAUGCGGAUGGCAUAUGUGUUUGCUCGGGUCAUCCAGUGGGUGAAAGGGUACCGGACUGCGAGGAUUGCUCCGGUUACUACCAAUGUGGCGAUGGUAAUGUAGAGAAAAAGAAAUGUUCCUCCGGCCUGAUCUUCGACAUCAAAUUACAAACCUGUGUGGAGGGUCAAUGUCCGAGAAGGGAUGGCUUUUGUGCAGCGACCAACACACCACCAACUACUCCGACUUUAACUACAGAGACUCCGCCAACUCCAGGAGGAUCUCCAGGAGGAUCCUGUUCUAAUGAAGUGAAAUGUAGCUUCAAUGGCCAAAUUAUUGCCCAUGCUAAACAUUGCCGCUUCUUUUACACCUGCCUGGAAAGUUGCCCUGUUUUGGGCUUUUGUGAGCUGGGCAAAUGGUUUGAUAGGGAGAAAUUCGUCUGUGAUAUCCCAGAAAAUGUCCGCAACUGUCCUCCCAACCAGGACUAGGACACCGAUUUUCAUUUCUUACAAAGAAUUUUGCACACACAAAAACUUUAAACCAAAUCAUUAAAGCACAUUUCUUGAAUUCUGCAUCUUUAACUAAUUUACCCAGAAGUCGAUAAAAAUGUGACUCUACUGUUUUAAUUUUGAUUAUUUGUAGAAAUAUAUUAUUUCCUUUUAUUAAACUUGGCGAAAUUAUUAUAAUGUUUCUUUAUUAUCAAAGGGUUUUUUUCACUUUUAUUUAUGUUUCUUUGAGGUGAAUAUCAAAACUAGAUAUAUUUCUUACUUGAAAACCAUAUUAGAUGUUAAUUUAAGAUUCGCUUCCAAACUGCAAUCGGGGCAAAAUCAAAUCAAAUAAAUAUGUGUCAUGGCAAAUCGAAGUGAGGCAAAGUUAAUUUGAACGGUCAUUAAACUGCAAUUGUCCUCAUGAAUGGGCAGAGCGAAUAGGCAAAAGCCAGCGAGCAGCGCCCAACAACAUGGCGAUAAUUUACGCAAAUUGCUUGACACAAUUUUGCAUUUGUUGUUGGUGCUGCUGUUUAUGUUGUUGUUGCUUCUGUUGUUGUUGUUGCUGUUGUUGUUGUUGUUGUUACCCCGGCCGUGUGGGCGGUUGCUGCGUGCGAAUUGUUGUUGUUACUGCUGCUGCUGCUGCUGCUUCUACCGCUGGCAGAAAGCAACAAAUUUAGCACGCAACUAACAAUUUUAGCUGUUCCAGAUAGAGCGACACUCGCAAACACUCGCUGACUGGCACACCCAGGUGCAUAUGAAAACAAACAAAAGAAGCUUCAAAUGUAAAG